AGCCACUUUGAAAUUUGUUGGGAUCAACGGCAACACAUAUAAAUCAAAUCGGAGAUAAAUACCAAAAAAAAAAAAAAAAUCAAAUCGGAGAAGAGAAGUCCAGCCGAAACAAUGAAUCCAUUGGGUGCAGCAGCAGGGAGGAGGAGCAUGUCGACGGUAUCCAAAGCCGUUGCUGAAAUUGUCGGUGUCGGCAAAACCAAGCACCGAAAAGCUACCAGUGAACUCUGCUCCUUCAUGGGCAUCCCUCAUCACUCUCGUUCCGAAAUCGCCUCCAUCAUUUCAAAGUUCAUCAAACUCUACAGUUUCAGGAAUCCUGGUAUUAAGAAAGACAAACUUUGGGAGCAGAAUUUGCAAACACUGUUGCGUGGUAGAAAUAGUGUUGGUUUUCCUGAGAUUGCUAAGAUUUUGUCUCCGGAAUUCAGCCAGGGUGCGAUUAAUAUCAAGGAUACUAAUAUGGAUUCUUCCACGGAUAACACUAAGGGGAAAGGCUCCCAGAAGAAAGGGAAAAAGAAAUAGGAAGUGGAGGCACUUGGUUGGUUUUUUUCUGUUGCUAGGUAGGAACCAAGUUAGAUUUUGAAGGUUUCUCUGUUUUACUUAUUAUAUGCAAAUCUGAAUGAUAAUUUCAUGACAGUGUACCAAUAACAAAACUUGAGGUUCAGGAUUGAAACUAGUUUGGCUACUGCCUUGUGGUUCAUUGACAAAAUAAUAUAUCUUUUUUUCGUGUUC